AACCAGCAUCUGCAGCCUGGUUCCCGCCGCGCGCGCACACACACAGGCGCUCCCGCCAACUCCGCCCCAGAACGAAGUCAUGGACGGCAAACCAUUCAGAGUGACCAACACAAGCGGGGACGGUCCGUAUGGAGUGGUAGCCAGCAACCUGAAGGAGUUGGUGCAAGAGGGCUGUGAUAAAUUGAAGCUGUCAGAGGACGGUUGUCGUGUAUGCCUUUUUGAAGAUGGGACGGAAGUUGAUGAACGUUAUUUUCUUGCUUUGGAUCGUAACUGUAAGCUCGUCAUUCUGCAAAAAGGGCAGGAGUGGAAAGGAGAGAUGUUUAACAUUUUCGAUAAAUUUGUGGAGACCUUUUAUGAGGACAAUGAUGCACUAGCUACACUCACAAAUGAAGUGUCAUCACCCAAGAAAAGGAAGUUCCUGGAGAAUUUUAUUCCAAUAUGUCAGGAAAAUAUUUCAGCUGAAAAACGGGAGGAGGAUCCAAGGUGGUUUGAAGAUCUGAACAAGCGAUUCAAAACUAAAUCACAGUACAUGAAAUCCAUCUGUGGCCAGCGAAUGCGAAAUUAUCUUCCGAAGGAUUUUGAAAAAGAAAAAGAAAUAGAAAUUAAGGAUAAAUUAAAGGAAAUGCUUAAAGGGAAUAAUCACAAUGAAUCAUACUUUGACAGGACAGAUGAACAGAAAUGUAUUUGUGAUAGCAGUGGACUUUUUACUUGCCAGGGGCCGUUUGAUAAACAAACUUGUGGGUCUGAGCAUUCAAUCAAUCCGUACCGUUGCAAGGAACACAGAAUUAUGUUUAGAAGUUGGAAUUUCGAUCACAAGAAAGAGAGAUCCGUUAUUAUUUCAAAUAUCAUUAAUGCUGCUGAAAAUAUGGAGAAUAACAAUACCAAAGUUAACGAUACCGAAGUUUUACAAUUCUACGAAGAAUUGUUUACCAUGAAAAAUCUGAAGUUCGUUUACAUUGUCUGUCACGAAUUAACCAAGCAUAAUAUUCCUUAAUGAUUUAUCUCUGACCUGUAAGCUAACUUUAAGAAAUCAUGUAACGAAUGCAAAUUAUUUGUUGGCUUGAUCAUUUUAUCAUUGAUUGAUUGCUUUUGAAGGCAGAUUAAUUUUAAACAGAUCUGAAUUUCUGAGGCAGAUUAUUUUUAAACACAGCUGAAUUAAAGACAAUUAUAUCUCAUAGCAUAAUAUUAAUACAGUAUCAUAAAAAUGGCAGAUGUGUGUAGUGUGGUGGUUAAAUGACUGGAAUAGCAGCAGAAUACAGAGACAGCUGUGGUAGCUGAAGGUUUUAAAUUUGGGUAAAUAAAUUUGGAGUGAAAGGUAAACUGGUAACUAUGAGAUUACUGUUCAUUAAUGCCUUUCAAGGAAGGAAAUCUGUUGGGUUCAUCUAAACUGGCCUAUAGUAUGUGAUUCCAGAUCCACUAAUGUGGUUGGUUUUUAACCGCCUCUACAGUUCAAUGGCAAUCUGUGAUGGACAAUAAUUGUGGAAAUAGGCAAUCAUGUUCACAUCCGAUGAAUAAAUGGAUUAAAAUAA